CACAAUAAGUACCUGGAAGGAGAUCUUUUCCCCCGUAAGCAGCAGCAGCAGCAGCAGCAUCCCCCGGCCCCAGCUCAGACCGGCCCGUCUGUCAGCAAUGAAUGCUUCAUGCUGCCUGCUGUCUGCUCACCCGACGCUGCCCAAUGGCUCGGAGCGCCUGGCAGCCCCUUCCUCCAGCAACCAGAGUGGCAGUGGGUUCUGCGAGCAGGUCUUCAUCAAGCCUGAGGUCUUCCUGGCGCUGGGCAUCAUCAGCCUGCUGGAAAACAUCCUGGUCAUCCUGGCUGUGGGCAAGAACAGCAACCUGCACUCCCCCAUGUACUUCUUCCUCUGCAGCCUGGCGGUGGCCGACAUGCUGGUGAGCGUGUCCAACGCCCUGGAGACCAUCAUGAUCGCCGUCGUCAACAGCGACUACCUGGCCUUCGAGGACCAGUUCGUCCAGCACAUGGACAACGUCUUCGACUCCAUGAUCUGCAUCUCCCUGGUGGCCUCCAUCUGCAACCUGCUGGCCAUCGCCGUGGACAGGUACGUCACCAUCUUCUACGCGCUCCGCUACCACAGCAUCAUGACGGUGAGGAAGGCCCUCGCCUUGAUCACGGCCAUCUGGGUGUGCUGCGGCGUCUGCGGCGUGGUGUUCAUCCUCUACUCCGAGAGCAAGAUGGUCAUCGUGUGCCUCAUCACCAUGUUCUUCGCCAUGCUGCUGCUCAUGGGCACCCUGUACGUCCACAUGUUCCUCUUCGCCCGGCUGCACGUCAAGCGCAUCGCGGCCCUGCCCCCCGCCGACGGGGCGGCCCCGCAGCAUCACUCGUGCAUGAAGGGGGCCGUCACCAUCACCCUCCUGCUGGGGGUGUUCGUCGUCUGCUGGGCCCCCUUCUUUCUCCACCUCGUCCUCAUCAUCGCCUGCCCCACCCACCCUUACUGCGUCUGCUACACCGCCCACUUCAACACCUACCUGGUGCUCAUCAUGUGCAACUCGGUCAUCGACCCCCUCAUCUACGCCUUCCGCAGCCUGGAGCUGCGCAACACCUUCAAGGAGAUCCUGUGCAGCUGCGACGGCUGAG